GCCUAGGCAUCAGAUCCUCUCUUCAGGAGCCGAAGAGAGCGUCGUUCGUCAGUAUUUAUUAAUAUUUGUUCGUGCAACAACGAUGAUGUUGAAAUUUGCGAUACUCUCGUUGGCUCUGUGCGCCGUCGUGGCUCGCGCCCUGCCGCACGGCGAUCACGCGGCGGCCGCCUCCACCUCGGCUGAAAAUCGUUUCGAGCAGCAACCAGCGGCAGCGGCAGCAGCAGCAGCAGCAGUAGGAUCGGCAGAAUCGGCAUCAUCCGUUGACGAGCAAGUCACCAACGUCGAGCAAACACCGAACGAGAACGAGAACGAGCUGUCGUCCUCGGCUUCGUCGACUCAACUGCUCAGCGGAGGCACCUACGUGACCUACGGCCAGCCCCUGCAGACGCAACAGCUGACUCUGUCGCCGGCGGCCGACAUCCGCGCCUACUACUUGAACCAGAACAGCGUCCCGGUGCAUCUCUUGUCGGGUCAUCAGCAUCUGUACGGUGGCCAGCAGCUCUACCUGACUCAAGCUCCGGCUCUGCGGACGAUCAGUAACAAUCAGCAGCAGAUCAUUCGCACCGUUCCGGUACAGUACAGUACGGUCGGACACUGGGCUGGUCACCAGCAGCAACAGUUGACCCUGGCUCAGGCGCCGCAGGUCAUCAGAACGGUGCCCGUGACGACCGUCACCACCACCGAGGCUCCCCUGGUCCGUACCGUCACCCAACAGGUAGUGCGACAACAACAACCCCAAGUCAUCAGGACCGUGUCCGCUGCACCGGUGCAGCAGACCUGGACGUACCAGCAGCAGCAGCAGCAGCCUCUGCAGCUGCAGCAACUGAGUCUGGCUCAAGCCCCGGCUCCCGUCGUGACCAGGACCGUGACGACCGAGGCUCCCGUAGUCAGGACCGUCACGCAGCAGCAGGUCGUGAGACAGCAACCGAUCGUCGUGCAGCAGCAACAGCCUCAGCUCAUCAGAACGGUGUCGUACCAGCAGCCCCAGGUGGUGCAGCAGUACACUCUGGCCCAGGCACCGGCUCCGAUCGUGCGCACGAUCAGCACGACCCCGGCGCCGAUCACCGUGACGACCGAGGCCGCCCCCGUGCUCACCAAGACCGUCACCCAGCAGGUCGUCCGUCAACAGCAACCCGUGCAGUACGUCACGCAGCAGCAGCUGGUCCGUCAGCAACCCGUGCAGUACGUCACCCAGCAGGUCGUCCGUCAACAGCCCGCCGUGCAGUACGUCACGACGACCCAGCAACAUCAGCAUCAGAAUCAACAUCAACAUCAUCAGAUCCUCGUGGCUCAGCAACAGCCCGCGGCGAUCGUGCGCACCGUGUCUAGCCCCGUACAGACGGUGACCCUGGCCCAGCCCGUGCUGCAGCAGGUGUCGUUGGCUCAAGAGUCGCCCGUGGUCCGAACCGUGUCGGUGGCUCAAGAGUCACCGCUGGUCAGAACCGUGACUCAGAGCUCCGGUCAGAACGUGUACCUCGCCAAUCCCUGGGCUCAGCCUCUGUCCCUGUCGGGACAGACUCCCCUCAUCGGCACUAUCGCCGAUACGCCGAUAGCUGUGUCGAAUCACUUACACACAGUCAAACCAAAGCCACCACCACACACAACCGCCAACAUGUACAAGUUCGCGAUCCUGUCUCUCAUGUGCGUCGCCGCCGCCAGUGCCGGAAUCCUGCCGAUCUCCAGCCCCGUGAUCUCGUCGGUCGAUCCGUGGGCUCUCUCCGCGCCGGUGGUCAAGUACGUACAGGCGCCGCAGCCCCUGAUUCUGCCGCAAGUGCCUGUGGUCAAGACCAUCCCGGCGCCCAUCAGCAUUCCUCAGCCCAUACCGAUCGUCAAGAGCCUGCCGAUCUCCUACGUCAAGACGGUGGUGCCGCAGUCGCCCGUCUACGUCAAGACCAUCUCGACGAUUCCACAGCCCAUCUCCGUGGUCAAGAGCAUCGGAGUGCCCCAGUACUCGACGGUCAUCAAGAGUGAUCCUCGUCUCAGUCUGGGUCUCUGGUAA